AUGGCGUCUCCCGUGGCAUUAAUUUGGGCACCAUUGUUGCUACUCGUUCUGUUUCACACAGUGGACUGUGACGACCCCCCAACAACAACAGUGACCCCAACAUCCGGUUUCUCAGUGGGAAGUGGCAGACAGUUUUUUGUCCGCAGACUUGCCACUAACUCUGGUUUAACAAGGCCUUAUGGGCGAGCUACACAGCGGUAUGUUCAGUAUCCCCAGUAUGGCUCAGUUCGCUAUCAGGUGCCUUCGUACAGACAGGUGAACAUUGUAAGAGUACCUUAUUACAUCCCUAUCUAUUUCACUGUUGUGCCACCACCCCUAAAAUAUUUCUACACAAACUUUGAAGGAGGGAAUGGGCAAUAUGAUUUUGCUGCAACAGACGGCUCCGUCGGAUCUCAUCGAGACUUUGCUGCUUCUGACGGCUCAAUCUCAAAUUCAAAUUCGGGAGGAGGAGGAGAAAGGGGAGCCUUUUUGAAUUUCGGCGGCGCAGGAGGUGACAGAACAAUGCAGUCUGGUGGUAGCGGUGCAAUGUUUGCUAUGGCACAACAACAACAAAUGCAGCAGCAGCAACAACAACAAAUGCAGCAGCAACAACAAAUGCAGCAACAACAACAAAUGCAGCAACAACAACUUAUGCAGCAGCAGCAGCAACAACAACAAUUAGAAUUUGCCGCGAGACAAAAUUCAAUAGCAAAUCAUUGGGCUAUGAAAGGGGUACACAUGGGUGGGGAUGGAAUGGGGGGAUCUUUCAGUUCAGGUGCUUCCGGAAUGAUGGGUAGUCCUAGUUUCACCCCAAUGGUGGGCUCACGCAUUAGUCCAGGGCCAAUAUGA